AUGAGUAUUGCAAGUCGGGUUUUGCCUCCUAUGUCGUCCCAAGUGGACAAAAUUCGAAACGUUUGUAUUCUUGCGCACGUUGAUCAUGGUAAAACAACACUCGCCGAUGCCCUACUAGCUACCAACGGAAUUAUUUCAUCACGACAGGCUGGCCAAGUGCGUUAUAUGGACAGUUUAGAGGCUGAACAAAUCCGUGGCAUUACAAUGAAGUCCAGUUCAGUGGGUCUUUUCUAUAACCCCGCCAUUCAAAUCAACCGUCAGACUAAUCCUGAGACCGUUUCAUCCGAUCCAAACUCUUAUCUCAUAAAUCUUAUCGACUCGCCUGGGCACGUUGACUUUGCAUCAGAUGUUUCUACCGCGGUCAGGUUAUGUGAUUGUGCCUUAAUAGUUGUCGACGUAGUUGAAGGUGUUUGUCCCCAAACUAGAACAGUUUUACGCGAGGCCUGGGAUGAACGUCUCACUCUCAUUCUUGUCCUCAACAAGGUUGAUCGUCUUUUUGUUCAACUACGCCUCUCUCCCCUUCAGGUUUAUGACAAAGUUCUACGUCUUUUGGAGCAGGUCAAUUCCGUUCUUGCAGAAUUAUACAAGGCAGAUGUUAUGCAGCAGCAACAAAAUACAAAAACUGAAGGUGCCGGAGGAACGUAUACUUGGAACACAGGACUUGAAAAUAGAGAUGAUUCUCAUGUUUACUUCUCACCAGAUCAAUCUAAUGUUAUUUUCGCAUCGGCGAUGGAUGGCUGGGGCUUUCGUAUAAGCGAUUUUGCAGAUCUGUGGGCAGAUCGCAUGAAGCUGCCCAAAAAGGGUCUUUUGAAGGCUUUGUGGGGCGAUUAUUACUUUGCGCCUUCACCAAAUGGUGGUCCACCUCGCGUUAAGCCGAAUGCUCGAUCGAAAAACAAGAAUCCUGUUUUUGUUCAACUCAUUAUUGAUAAUCUGCAUCAUAUUUAUGACAAAAUUAUUCUGGAGGAAAAUCGUGAUGCUGCUGGUCACAUUGCUGAGCGCUUAGGAAUUAAAUUGGAAAAUCGUUAUCUCCAGCAAAAUCACAAUGUCGAUAAUCGAAGUGUAUUGAGAUCAAUUCUGAGUGCAUGGCUUCCCCUUGGCCCUGCAAUGUUCCGUUCCAUCGUUGAGAUCUGUCCCAGCCCGUCAAAAGCCAUCACACCUGAGCGAGCUCGUUUCAUGAUUUUCGGUGAGAAUACCUCCACUGACCAGGUGACGCUAGAAAAUGAUGUAAUAGAAAACGACGAGGCUUUCCCUGCUCUAAGUGCUUUGCAAAAGUGCAGUUCCAGUUCUACCGAUCCUGUUAUAAUAUUUGUUUCUAAGGUGUUCUGUUCUGAUAUCCAGACUAAUAUUACUUCCACCGUCACCUUUCCCAAAACUAGAAAAGAGGGCAAGACUGUAACCUCAAUUCCUGGAUCUCAGUUGGCCUCAAACAACUCUACUACCGUUCCGAAUAAUGAAUUUGUCGCUCUCUCACGUAUCUACAGUGGUCGUGUUAGGCUUGGCCAACGUCUAUUUGUCCUCGGACCGAAAUUCGAUGGAAGUAACGUUCCCGAUUGUUUGUUAGACGCUAAUCCAAAUGACCUUCCUCUCGGGCCGCUGAAAAUUCCUGAUAAUGAGGAAGAGGAGGAAAAUGAGCUACAGUCUGCAUCUCCUUUCCGCCGUAGAUCCGUUUCCAACUCAUCAUUGUCUUCAAAUGCAUCUGAUGCUGGGUCUAUGGGCAUGGGGUAUUCUGGGUAUGAUGACCGCUUUGUUAGACAUGCGUAUGUUGGAGAAGUAAGCGACGUAGUGCAGUUCUGUGGUGGACAGAAUAAUGUCAUUAGAUUGAAGAAUGUCAAGUACCCAGAUGAUUCACUCUCUGCUGGUAAUGUUGUGGGUCUUGUUGGGACAACUAUUGUUAGUAAUUUACCAAAAUCUGGACUCCUGGUGUCGAGCUUACGUAUGGUCACUUCCGUUUCCUCCUCUGCAGAAUCUAAGGAUGAAUUUAGACGCCGAAUCCAACCACUGGGAGGUCUUGCAGUUUGGCGCGGUGUUCCCGUAGUUUCUCUUGUGAUCGAACCCGUUAGCACUACAGAAUCAGACAUGUUACUACUAGAAGAAGGUCUAAAACUCCUCGAACGAUCUGAUCCUUGUGCUGAAGUUACAUUUACGUCUAAAGGCGAAUGCCUCCUUCAUGCUGCAGGUGAAAUCCAUAUGCAAAAAUGUCUAGAAGAUUUGACCAAAUACUUCGCUCCCGAAUUGGAGCUGCAUACAUCUCCCCUUGUAGUGCCUUUUCGCGAGACUGUGACUCUGGGAUGUCCUCCUACUGCUUAUACUCCCUUUGAUUCUCUUUCCUUUGCUAAAGCUCAGUUAGAAAGAGAGUUAAAGCAGAAGAAUCUUGUAUAUGAUGAAGUGAGAGAGAACUGUGUACGUAAAGGGGAUGCUGAAGGGACCACCAUUUUCCAGCUUCCAGAACAGGAAUCUGAAAUAUUCGAUCCAACACCUUUCCUUCCUCUUGGAAUGCUCCAAUUGCCUCAUAGCAAGUUGAGAACGCGUAUUUUUAUCCGUGUGACUGCUCAUCCGAUACCCGAAAACCUCCUCAACUGGCUUGAAUCUCGUGGUGCAGCCUAUGUGAAGGUACUUAUCGGUAGUGUUAAACGUAAGUCUGCAUCCUCCCGUCGCGCAGUGGCUUAUUUGAAGCGAUUUGAGGACGAAUUUGCCUCUCAAUUGGAUGCUAUUCCUCCGGAGUCUUGCGUCAAUUUGGAUUGGCGUUCACUCAAGUCGAGAUUACUCUGCCUUGGGCCCCAACAAGUGGGCCCCAAUCUUCUAUUCUCACGACUGCGUUCGGGUCUGUUUCGUUUGGAUACAGCCUGGGGCAAACCUAUGCCUCCGUGGUCGAAUGAAAAUGAUCCUGUCUCAAUACCAAGCGAAGUUCGUGAUGGAGGCAGUGUCUCCCUCAUGCACUUUCUCAGCUAUGGUAAGGCUAUUCUUAGAGGUUUUCAGAUGGCGACUGAACAGGGUCCACUUUGUGCUGAACCACUGCGAGGUGUAGCCUUUGUUCUAGAGGAGAUCUAUGCGGAAGAUCGUAUGCAGUUACCUACUCCUCGAAUCUUAACAGCUGCUAAUUUGCAAGCAGAAACUUUAGAAGAGACUAAAGCUGCAGAUAAACAGAAAUUAGAUGCCACCAGUAAGGUGAAGGAUGAAAACAAAAGUGAGGAAGAUGAUCCAAUAUUGGCCAAGUUAAUGGCGAAGCAGGCGGCUAUCGAUAAGCGGCAAAAGGAUGUUUCUUCUAUGGCCUGGCUAAUUUCAGAUGAUGAAAGGAGUGAUGCUGAAAACGAUGGCGACUAUGAUUACUCUGAUAAUGAAUGGAAUGAGGACAUUGAAGAUGCAUACAAAUCGAGAUCCGAAGAAAGUGAAGCUUCGGAAUCCGAAGAAGAGGAAGAUGAUCAGGUUGUUGAAGUCGAAAAAAAGCUCACAAUAAGCGAUCAUUUCUACUGGCAACGGCGAAGCACUAACAGUUGGUUAUCUGAAAUUAAACCGGAACUCUUAACUUCUGUAAUGAAUCGUGCCUGUAUGGCAGCGUUUAUGGCUUGCCCUGCGCAAAGACUUGUGCUUUCUAUGUACGAUGUUGAGUUGUUGUGCCGCAGCGACGGGUUAGGUCGUAUGUACGCCGUUCUACGCAAACGCUUUGCCCGUAUAGUAAAUGAAGAUAUGCGGGAGGGUGAAGAGUGUUUCGUGAUCCAUGCUCGUUUGCCAGUUGUAGAGAGCUUUGGUCUGACGGAUGACUUACGAAAACGAACGUCGGGUCAAGUUUCCCUGCCACAGCUACGACCUGGAGGCUGGGAGGUGCUGGAUAUUGAUCCCUUUCAGCGAGAUGCCAGUGGUAAAAUCGCUGUGUUAGGAGAGACACAUAUUAAGAUGUGGCAACGCCAACAGGAAGCAAUAAAGAAGUUGAAAUUACAAACUGCGGAAGCUACUGAUCUUUCCGGGCAGAAUGACGCCCGAUCGACUUAUCCUCCGUCAGAUAUCGACUCAGACGAUAGCCAGGUAGAAGAGGAAUUGGCCAAAGAUGAGAUUAUCACAGAUUUGAAUCGAUUACGAGGUUACUUGAAGGAUGUAAGAAAACGUAAAGGUCUUAACAUUAAUGAACAGCUUGUGGUGGAAGGCGCCAAGCAGAGGACGCUGACAAAGAAUAAGUAG